AUGGUCCUGAUGCUGAGAAGGUGCCUCCUCCAUCUGGCUGGGAUGAGUGUCCUGCUGGCUGCAGGGGCCACAGAAGGACCCACCGACCAGGAGUGGCGUGGUGUCUCAAGGCAGCUCAGAACCAAAGCCUGGAACCGGCAGCUGUAUCCAGAGUGGACAGAAGUCCAGGGCUCUGACUGCUGGAGAGGUGGCCAAGUGGCCCUAGAAGUUAUCAAUGAUGGACCUACCCUGAUCGGAGCAAAUGUCUCCUUCUCUAUCGCCCUGCACUUCCCGGAGAGCCAAAAGGUCCUGCCAGAUGGGCAGAUUGUCUGGGCCAAUGACUCUGUCGUCAAUGGAAGCAACGUGUGGGGAGGCCAGCCAGUGUACCCCGAGGAGUCUGACGACAGCUGCAUCUUCCCGGAUGGUGGACCCUGCCCAGCUGGCCCUGUGUCUCAGAGGAGAAGCUUCGUAUAUGUCUGGAAGACCUGGGGCCAGUACUGGCAAGUUCUAGGGGGCCCAGUGUCCAGGCUGAGCAUUGGGUCAGGCCAGGCAACGCUGGGCUCACACACCAUGGAGGUGACCGUCUACCACCACCGGGGGCCCCGCAGCUAUGUGCCCCUCGCUUACUCCAGCUCCGCCUUCACCAUCACCGACCAGGUGCCCUUCUCUGUAAGUGUGUCCCAGCUGCAGGCCUUGGAUGGUGAGAACAAGCACUUCCUGAGAAACCAGCCUCUGACUUUCGCCAUCCAGCUCCACGACCCCAGUGGCUAUUUGGAUGGUGCUGACCUCUCCUACACCUGGAACUUUGGAGAUGACACUGGAACCCUGAUCUCUCGAGCACUUGUGGUCACUCACACUUACCUGGUGCCUGGCCCUGUCACUGCCCACGUGGUGCUGCAGGCAGCCAUCCCUCUCAGCUCCUGUGGCUCCUCCCCAAUUCCAGGUACCACUGAUGGGCACCUGCCAACUUCAGAUGCCCCUGGCACCACAGCUAGGCAAGUACCUACUGCAGAAGUUGUAGGUACCACACCUGGUCAGGGACCUACUACAGAACCCUCUGGAAGCACAGCUGGGCAGGUGCCAACCACAGGGGGUGCAGGUGCUACAACCCAGCAGUCAUCAACCUCGAAAGUCACGGGCACCACACCUGCAGAGGGUCCUGGGACGACACCUGUGGUGGUGUGGACCUCAGAACUCGCUGGAACUACAGCUGCACAGGUAGCUACCACGGGGCUGGUAGACCGCACAGCUGGAGAAUUAGCCACCUUAGAGCCCGAGGCUCCAGGCGCCAGCCCACUUGUGCCCACAGAAGUUAUUGCAGGGAGCCCUGGCCCUGUACUGAAUGACACGGCCUCCCUAGUGCUGGUAAAGAGACAAGCGCCCCUGGACUGUGUGCUGUAUCGCUAUGGUUCCUAUGCCCUCAGCCUCAACAUUGUCCAGGGCAUUGAGAAUGCAGAGAUCCUGCAGGCCGUGCCAUCCAGUGAGGGGGAUGCAUUUGAACUGACUGUCUCCUGCCAAGGCGGGCUGCCCAACGAAGCAUGUAUGGACAUCUCAUCACCAGGGUGCCAGCCCCCUGCCCAGCGGCUAUGCCAGCCUGUGCCACCCAGCCCAGCCUGCCAGCUGGUUCUGCACCAGGUACUGAAUGGUGGCUCAGGAAUCUACUGUCUCAAUGUGUCUUUGGCUGAUGCCAACAGUCUGGCCAUGGUCAGCACCCAGCUUGUCAUGCCUGGUAGCGUUGGGGUUCUGCCCAUAGGUCAAGAAACAGGUCUGGGGCAGGCUCCUCUGUUUGUUGGGCUCCUGAUGGUGUUGAUGGCUGUAGGGCUUGCCUGUCUGGUCUACAAGCGCAUGCUCAUGAAGCAGGGCUCUGCUCUUGCCACACCUCAGCUGCCCUAUGCCAGCAUCCAGCGUCUGCAUCUGCCCAGGCUCUUCCGUGCUUGUGCCACCAAUGAGAACAGCCCCCUCCUGGGCGGGCAGCAGGUCUGA